AUUUCUAAUUUCCGUACUUUAUCGAAUCACACAGAAACCACACAAAAAAAUGGGCAAAUUCCUGAAAGCCGGACGUAUUGUCAUCAUCACCUCCGGUCGCAUGGCGGGGAAGAAGGCGGUCUGCGUCAAGACCUUCGACGAGGGUUCCAAGUCCCGCGCUUUCGGCCACUGCCUGGUUGCGGGUAUCGAGAAGGCGCCGCUCAAGAUCACCACUUCCAUGAGCAAGAAAAAGCAGAUGAAGCGGUAUAGAGUUUAUUCUUGCAGUCUUGCAUUACAAAUUUUUUGCUAUAGGGUAAAUCCGCAUUACAAAUUUUCUUUCUCAUGGUGAGGGAAUUUGUAAUGUAUUUCUACGAGUGCGGUGCUUUUGCAAUGCGUAAUUUUGAUUUUUUGAUUCACGAAUGUAGCAUUUUAGCAUUAGAAAGAGCAUAUUGUUGCCAUCCUCUGAGGUGGACAGUGUGACGCUUGAGGAUGAUCAUAUAAAUAGAAGGAGCUGUAUUGACACCUAUGUUUAGGUCGAGUGGUCGAGAGAGUUCCUGCCAUGAGAAUUUAGAUUUAGAUUGGUUUUACAGGAUGAAGCGUUUCGACUUCAUGUAGAGCGGGACAGAUUAUAGUACCUCGUACAUGAGAAAAGCGACAUCUCCUACAUUAUGUCUCUGUGAAGACAAGGUCUUGUCGUACAUAACGGCAUUAUGCUAUUUGUUGCGCUAUAACAGCAUUUGUGCUAGUGUUUGUGAUGCACCGGCACCGCAACCACAUCAAAAUAUCCCCAAAACUCACUCGCAAUAUCAAAACGCAGCCUCCGCGUCAAGCCCUUCGUGAAGUACGUCAACUACACCCACCUGAUGCCGACCCGUUACUCGAUCCCGGGUGACAUGGACGCCAAGGGCUUGGUCACUGACGCCCAGAUGGAGAACGCCGAUGGCCGCACCGAGGCCAAGAAGACCUUGUCCGGUAUGUUCAAGGAGAAAUUCCAGAACCCGACCUCCUCCAUCGCCGUCGACAAGUCCGGCUCCGGCAAAUCCGCGGUGUUGUUCCUGAAGAAGAAGCUGCGCUUCUAAGUCAGUCACUUUGGAAUUGCUGUUGGUGAAACUUCUGUGUCGUGUGGAUUCGUAAAGUAUAGAUUGAAAUUUGAUCUGGAACUAAACAAUCACAUCGGUUUAAUACAAGGUAGAAGUAUAGGAUGGGACAGAGCUGAGAAUUGUGCCUUUUUUUUCGCGAAAAAUAUUUAUACCUCUGUUACCAUAAUUCCUACCUGCGCUAACUAAACACAACGACAUCAUCUUCGAGAGAGCAGAUUUAGAUUUUUGCAAGCCGCAUUCUUUACCUGUACAUGUACUGGUCCCUGGGGGUAGAAGAUAUGGUCCUGUCGUAUCAUUCCUCCCCGAGCAGUUGUUGUGACAGCGAGAGUGAAGGAUUUGUGUGCCUAAAUGUUGAACUCUUCGUGAGACAAUGUUGAGCAACAAGCUGUGCCGUGUGAUUUAGAUUCAGUUUCCGCCAGGAAAGCAAGA